AUGUUUGAUACAGCUAAGGACCUUGCAUUCGCCUGGCGAAGGGAGCUCGCUCGCAACACACAAGGUCAAUGCACGCGCGAGAAGUUGUAUGCAGAUGUUGUACGAGUUGCUACCAUGCAACUAGGCACCGCACGGGGCCUAGACACCGAGAAGACAACGCAGCUCGAGAAAUGCGCUUCUAAAGCUGUGAGAGGAACUAGUAUCCUGGAUCAAGACCCAUGUGCACAGGGGGGAAUGUCAAAGUCGCGAUUUGACGCACUUACGUCUGAAUCGAACUGCUUUCUUAGUGUUCGACUAUUCGCCAUUGCCUUGUCGACUAAUUCGCGCAUGCAUGAAUUCUCCCCAACACAAGAGAAACAUUUAUCAGACCGUGUGCGCAGAGUUGCACGGGAUUACCUCCAGGCGCCGUAUACCGAGCUCCCUUUCGAUUGUUUGCAAGACGACAAACCGUUCAUCAAAGAUAGACAAUUCAAACUUAGUGAAGCCUUUGAUCUCUCAGUUGUCUGUCGAUUUGGACGUCCCCUGUGGUUUGCGCUUUACAAACGUGGUAACCUGGACGUCCGCAACUCGCCAAUCAGCUUUGCUCUAUCGAAGUUGACCGGAUUCAAUAAUUACUACGCCGAUGCAGGCUCCCACUUGUUAUUGGACAUGGAACACCGUCAGGAAUAUGUCAGACAUCUAGAAACUGAAAUGGUGGACGGGCACAUGCGCAUUGCCUUCAGCGUUCCCAAGCAUCGGCAGUAUAUGUAUUCUGGGUAUCCUUCUGAGCCUACUUUUGCGGAGGCUGCUGCGCAGGAGAAGGAGGGGGAAGUAGAAGGGAAAGAGAAGAGGAAGGAGAGCUGGAGAGUUUCAGACAUUCUCAGUCAGCAUGUGCGCGAUGGCCUUAUUUCAAAGGGAGAAAGAGGGGAGCUUGUAGCUCGAUUGAUACUAAUCCAAACCUUCGACGCCGCUUUCAAGAAGGCGCGGGUGGACAAAUGCAACGGCGACGGCGAGAGGAUUAACUGGCCGGUUCGCUUGCUUGACUUCUUGGAGGCUCUUUUCGGCAAGACGCACAUGGAAGCGAUCAAAAGCAGUCGUCCAGACAAUCAGCCUCAAGGGACAACGCUCGCAGAUGUGUUCGAAGACGCGUACGUGCGAUUCAAACAUUUCGCCAGGAGCGAUGACGAGACGAUCACCAAUACGUAUGGACUGUGGGCAGCAAUGAUGCGCGGGAUGGCAAUGCAAUGCAGCUCGAACAGUCCCAUCAUCGACAUCAUCAUUCCAACAAUCCUUCGAAAUGAGAAUCUAGCAGAGAACGCCAUGACAGCGAUGCUUAUACAAGUCAGAAAUAUGGAUACACGAUAUGGUUGGGUCAUUGAUCAGGCAGUGCUUAACCAAAAAUAUGGCAUUUUUUUCGCCCAGCUCGGACGACAAACGCCCUUAUAUCACUCUGGUAAUGCAAUUGGGAGUAGGAACGGCGAGCUCAAAGGGCAGUACCAUGAUACCACCAGUAACUUGACGGAAGACGACGACUCGGACAAGAUCGAUCACCCGCGCUACGCCAUCAACGUCACGAGCUGUUCGUCCAGUAUACACGCCGUUGUCGACAGCAAAGCAAAUUAUGCCUAUCUCCCUGGUGGCAGGACCGACCUGUACGAGGAGCACUCCCGACAAGACCCCACGAAUCUGAGCCUCGUUCAGCGUCUGAAAUCAACCUGGACUCUCGACAACAAUUGCUACGACCGGAUAGACAAUGCGCUUCUCCGAAACAAUGUUCGUGGUGGGUUAGUGAAGUUCCCCCGUUAG